GCAAGACGAAUCGUCACGAUGUACUGCGAAAAAAACCGUUGAUCUACGUUGGAUCGAUAAAUCGUGACGAACGAAAUCGAAUUCGCUAACAAACAUUUGGUUGUUUAUAAAUCUCCAUUUUUGGGAUUAAUCAAAAUGAAAUUGAAGCAACACAACUUGCCAAGUUGAACGAAUGUUGAGUCAACAAACUUUAUUUUGCUCCUCGUGAUUUAUCGAUCCAACGAAAAGUGUGCUUGAAUGAAGAAAUUUCUAUUCUCGGUGCAGUAAAUCAGAUGUUUUUUGAUAAAAUUAUCACUUCCAAACGGAUUUUUCCACCUCGUGUCAAAGUGCACGAAUACUUCGUUGAAUCGUACGUUCUCUGCUAAUAAAUUCGCAGAGUUGUUAUAUGGAUAAAUCAAGGAUGAAUCAAAGAGUGUGCGAAACGAUUCGCCAGAAAAUGUCAAACCACCUUGAGUAUUUCGCUUGAUCUAAUUUUCUGGCUCGUCUGGUGCAUUAUAAAGAACAAAAAGUUGGCAAACGUGCGUUUAAACCUUUGUAUAUUUUCGGUUCAGACUGUAAUCUCUGUGAUGAUUAAUAUCGCAGAAAAUGGCAAAGUCUUUGAGAAUCUUUUGAUAUCGACCUCUUCCAUCAUUCACUUCACAGUUUUAUUUUUCUCAGCAUCAUUUGACAGUUUUGUCACGUGUGCCCACAGUGCGAACAGGUUCGUCAUUUUUAAUGGAUUCUGCUGAAAUUCUCGCACUAUUUCAUCCCCAAUCAACGUGCCAUUUUCGAUUGAACCAAAUUAAUCCACAAAUAGCAAUUUCAUUAUCCAAUAAUGAUGUAAUCGAUUAUUUCGUUAUCGAGGUUCGUUCUUAUCAAAAAUCUCAGAAACAAAAACACGAGAAUUUACUCAUCGUAACUUUUGUUAUUCGAGGCAAAGAUCGAACGCCGAUUGUGGUAUCGCUCACGCGGAACAGGAGAGAGAUCAAUCUGCAAUUGACCGUUGAAUGAGAGCCAUGAAAAAAAAAUUGAAGCAAAUAUUCUGGAGCUUGUAAAAGACAAUAAUUUAGGGAUAUUUGGAAAAAUCUGACAAGCCCUCAACUCAGGAAACAUUUUUGCUCCUUUGCCUACCGCUUCUUCGGGAAAGCUGUUUAAGCACGUUUUAGCACGAAGCUUUAUGCAAUGCUUUACGCGAUGCUUCGUGUUCGGCGCUUGAAAGCUUAAAUCGCAUUAACGUUUGUCUGCCGCAAAUUUGAUGAGGGUUCGAAGAGUAAAAAGAUGAAUACGAAAUAAGUAAGAUUGGGAGGCGAGGAGUAAGAGAUGAGAAAGGAAGAAAACUGACUUCGUUUUAGGAAACGAUCAGAGACGAGGUUCUCUUUUAUCGGACAGCAGUUCGGGAAAGUACGUCGAGGUAAAAAAAGUGUAUUUGAGGGAGGUCGCGGUUGGUACCGAGCCCGAGUAUGCCCUCGUUAACGAAGGGGAUCGCGGAGUUUCGGUGGAGAAAUCGAAGCGCAUGAUGUGCUUCGAUUCCGGAGCGAGCAACGGGGAGACUCGCAACGGGAAUCGGCGAGCGAAGUCGUCGUAUAUUAACGGCGGUGGGAAUUAUUAUUACAACGGUAAUUCGAAGCAAGAAAUGGGCAACGGGAGGGAGAACAACAAUUGCUCGCGGCGGGUCUCGGAGCGCCAGGCUCAUCCCCAUCCGCAUCAUCACCAUCAGCAUCACUACCAUAAUCAUCAUCAGCAAUACCAGCAGCAGCAGCAGCAGCAGUAUCAGUAUCGCGAUCAAUCGCAGCAAAUGGCGGAAGAAAUGCGGGACGAAAGCGAGUACACGCCGGUCCCGGUGAAGCAGCUGAUCCAAGAGUUCGAAAAAACGUGCCGGCCGACCUUGCAGUACAAGCAAAUCAGCCCCAAAGUAAUCCCGAUCGUCCAGCAGUGUCCGCCCCUCGAUAACGAUCUUUCUCGAUUUUUCGAAUCGUCCCAGCAGCAACGGGCGCCGAGGUCUUCCGCCAACGGGCACGAUCUUCCGGUCAAGAGGAACGGCAACCCUCCGACGAAGAUGAGCAACGGCAGCCUCGGUUACAACGGCAACGGCUACGGCUCGAAGCCGAUCUACGCCGGUCAACCGGCUCAAAACGUCGUCGGACAAACCGUUCGUUACGAAGAGUACGACUCGAGCGAGGACGAGAUCGACGACUCCUUCGGCGAGUCCGGAUCCGAAGUCAACUACCGUCGGGCCGAUCUUUCCGACGUCUACGACGAGGGCCACAACUUUACCAACGGGAACGGCGCGCGCCCGCUCUCCAAUCGCACCAUCGACGAGUACGAAAUGUACGUCAGGCAAUUCGACGAAUCCAACGAGCUCUUCGAAGCUCCUCCGGGCUUCCGGAACGCCGACAUCGAACUCGCUCCUAGCAAAGCUACCAACGGCGAUUCCGACCCCAAAGCAAUGGUUCUCGCCAUGGUCGCCUCUCAGGAAGAAAUCCUCGAUACCAUGAAACACCUGCGAAAUACUCCCGUUCUCGAGAAUCUCGUCGGUGCUCCUUCGCCUCAUUUCAUUGCUGACGUAGGUAACGAAAAACCGUGCGAGAUCACUUAUCAAGGGCCAAAAAUCGCAAGUUACCAAACCUUGACGAAUUACAACACGGCUCCGCGCGGUUGGGACCAAACGCAAACGUUUUAUCGACCGGUUACGUUUGGAAAGCAGCAGGAGCCGAUCGCGUACUCGGAUUUUUAAGGAGUCGCGAUUGUGAGAUGGGGAACAAACCCGAUCGUAUUUUUGAAAAAACGUGUAACCAAUUGAUUGGAUAAACCAAAAAAAAAAAACUGGAUUGUCUUCACCCGGCGUAUUAUUUCUUCGGAUUGAAUCCGACUUUCGAACAAUUUGCAGUGUUCCUAUUAAAACGCCUCGAUAUAAAGUGUUAUUUUUUCUUCCAUCCAACUAUAGCCCCGAACCGUAUCUUCGAUAUACGAUGAGAAACGAUAAAUGAUUCUCGAUCGAUACAAAUGAUGUGUGAAUUUGGUGAUAUUCGACGAACUUGUAUUACAUGGCUUUAAAAUUCUUUGCGCUUCCUAUCACAAAUAUACAUAUAUAUAUAAAUAUUAUAUUUACAUACAUAUAUUAACGAUGUAUAUUAUUUAUCACAGCCUAUUUAAAUGUUGCUUUCGCUGUGCUACGUUAUUGCAUUUUUUUUGUCUAUUAUAUACAAAUAAAAUGUCGUUUUCUUAACGUU